AUGAUAUAAUAGAAAUAAAAUUUUUACAAUUUAAAGAAAUUUUUAAACUCUUCACUUUAAUCUCAUAAGGUUCUCCAUAUUGAUCUUAGUGGCAAUUAAAUUGAUGAAAUUGGCGCAUCAAACUUAGGUUCUGCUUUAGCAUUUUGUACUAAUCUCUCAAAUUUGAUACUUUAUCUUCGCGGUAAUUAAAUCGGUGAUAAAGGUUUAUCAGGCUUAUGCUCUGGUUUAGCAAAAUGCACUAAUCUCUCAAAUUUGACACUUUGUCUUUUUAUCAAUGAAAUCGGCGAUAAAGGUGCAUCAGGCUUAUGUUCAGACUUAGCUAAGUGUACUAGUCUCUCAAAUUUGACACUUAUUCUAGGUAAAAAUUAAAUCAGUUAAAUAGGGAAAAAAGGUAUAUCAGACUUAGGUUAUGCCUUAUAAAAUUUCACUAAUCUGUCAAAUUUGGCACUUAAUCUUCAGGGUAAUUAAAUUAAUGAUAAAAGUGCAUCAGACUUAGGCUCUGGUUUAGCAAAUUGCACUAAUAUCUCAAAUUUGACACUUGAUUUUCGAUGCAAUUAAAUUGGCGAUAAAGGUGGAUCAGACUUAUGCUCUUCUUUAGCAAAGUGCACUAAUCUCUCAAAUUUAACACUUUAUUUGAGUGAGAAUAAAAUUGGUGCAGCAGGUGCAUCAAAAUUUUAGCUCUUUAUGAAGCUUAAUUUUAUUUAUCAGCUUGCUGUAAUAUCAUCAUUCAAUUCAACCUAUUUAAUAUUAUUUAAAUAAAUGAUUAUUUUUAUAUUUUAAAUAUUGUUUUUAUUACUAGUUUGUUUAUAUGAUUUUGUUUAUUAAAUAUUUAAAACUGAUUAUUUAUUUUAUUUAUAAAGAGCCAAAUUCCAUUCAAAAAUUUAGUGA